AGCUGCUGCAGACUGUUGUUUCUGCAGAAAAGCGAUGGAAUAUGACCAAAAAAACGACAAAACGAGAGUGUUCCAUUCAGGGUAGACUCCGGAGCAGAGGGAUUCCCCGCUGCGCUGCGCUGUGUGGGCGCACGGGCUUCACAGAAAUGAGCGUCUCCUGUUUGAACCGCGCUCCUCCUCCUGCCCAUUACGCACUGAUAACGUUUAAGAAAAGGACGCACGGACCGGAGAGGCCAGAAAGAAAGAGUCUGCUCCAGUGCAACAGAGCGACAUGGAAGAGGACGGCCUGUCAGUCAGCUGUGGGAACGGUAAACUCCGACAGUGGCUCAUUGACCAGAUCGACAGCGGGAGAUAUCCAGGUUUAGUUUGGGAAAACGAUGAGAAAUCCAUCUUCCGGAUUCCCUGGAAACACGCGGGGAAGCAGGAUUACAACCGGGAAGAGGAUGCGGCGCUGUUUAAGGCGUGGGCCCUGUUCAAAGGGAAAUAUAAGGAAGGAGUGGAUAAACCCGAUCCUCCGACUUGGAAAACCAGAUUACGCUGCGCUCUUAAUAAAAGCAAUGAUUUUGACGAGUUGGUAGAAAGGAGCCAACUGGACAUCUCUGAACCGUAUAAGGUCUACAGGAUCAUACCCGAGGGAGCCAAGAAAGGAAUGAAAAUGUCCAGUGUGGAGGAAAGUUCACAUCUUGGCUUUUUUCCAUCAUAUUCCUCGUUGCAAAACCAGGUGCCCGGUUACACGGAGCGGAGAGACUGGAGAGACUUUGCGUCCUCCGAUCAGCAGCCUCUUCCUCCUCCUCCUUUUCCUCCUCAUCAUCACCACGAGCUGCAGUACCACUACCCGUCAGCCCUCGGCAGGCCCUGGCCCACACCGCACUCAGAGAACGGUUUCCAGCUCUCCUUCCACACCUACCUCUCGGAAUCCCAACCGCCCGUCUACGCCAUGGACCCCAACGCCGUCACCGAUUUCAGCCUCCACGUCUCCCUCUUCUACCGAGAGUCUCUGGUGAAAGAAGUGACCACGACCAGCCCCGACGGAUGCCGCAUCUCCUCUUCGGCCUCCUCCUCUUCCUCCUCCCCGUCCUCCUCCCCUCGUCCGGACGACCGCGUCUCCGUGGGUCCGGAGGUCAUCCUGUUCCCGUUCCCGUACCCGGAGUCCCACAGGCAGGGGGCGGACAUGCUCCCUAGCGUCCUGGAGAGAGGCGUGCUGCUGUGGAUGGCGCCCGACGGGAUGUACGCCAAACGCCUUUGCCAGAGCCGAGUUUACUGGGAGGGGCCGCUCGCUCCGUACACGGACAAGCCCAACAAACUGGAGAAGGAGCAGCCCUGCAAACUGUUUGACACUCAGCAGUUUCUAAUAGAGCUUCAUGACUUUGUGCACAAUGGCCGGUCUCCUCCACGACAUCAAAUCGUGCUGUGUUUUGGAGAUGAGUAUCCAGAUCCCCAACGUACCAGAAAACUGAUCACAGCACAGGUGGAGCCGGUGUUUGCCCGAAAACUGUUCAUCUACUACCAGCAAAACAACGGCCCCUAUCUCCGCACGUACGACCACAACCAGCAACCCAACCCCGCCCCAACACUGGACUACACUUCCCAGAGACCUUUGCAGCACAUUCAGGAAUAACCUCCGCGUUCUUCUGUGGAUGGAGCUAUAAGACUGCGACUGCGUGUUGUAAACUUGAACUGUUGGAGGCUGAAGGGGGCGUAGCGGGGGGAGACCCUUAUGGUACAGUGGUAUGAAUUGUCUGUCUGGCUGAUUUUGAAGUAGUGGUAUUUUUUUGGUACUCUUGUAGUAUUCUUGUGACAGUGUGAAGGAUGCGGUUUUGAGGCUGGGGGUACGAGGAGAAGGCCACCGAGACAGGAAGUACGAGCACAGGUGCACAGGAAGAGUGGCCGUGACAAGCUGUGAGAUGACAAAAAGAUAAACACGCUUCAGAGCUAAAGACACAUUCAGAAAUAGCGAGUACAUGCUGUUUAAUGAAGCUAAAGUACCGGACUUACGCUUGUAAAUUAGCACAUUUUGGGUUUUUUCCCUCUUGUAAUUUGUUUUGCAUAGAAAAAAAAAACAGCCUUAAAUUCUCUGGUUUCUUCUUUCCCUGCAGAACAUUUCUUUCUUCAUUGGUCAUUUAUCAUUUUGAACAAAACUAAACAGUAUUUCUGCAGAAGUCAGUGCUGUUUUAGUUCUCUUAUUAUCAUUUAUUUUUUAAUCUGGGUACAAACUAAACAAUGCAUGUCUGUGAUUGGCUAAUCCACCUGUCAAUCACACCCAUCUGAACUCGGGGAGAUAAGAUCAAGGCCCAGACCAUAGUUGUUUGUACAGAAAAGGAAAGGCUUGUUGUCUUGAUCUUGGUGGGUGAGAUUACACUGUAAAAACGCCACUGAUGCUUCGCCACGUUUUUGGUUUUGGUGUCACACAAAGCCGUGCAAAAGUGCCUCAAAAGUCGUGCAUGUGAAUACUCGCCAAAGGGUUUGUGAGCCCAGCUGGAAGUUUGUAGUUGUAGUUUUAUGAAGUCAAACAGGUGUGCCUUAAAAAAAUGUUAUGUUUACAUGAAAAGAAAUGAAAGAAUUCUCAUUUUUCUGGUCAAAAUAUUUAAUAUUUCAGACGGUAAUAAAGACAGGAAGUAAAGACGGUUUGUUUCAUGCUUGAGAGAUUCUUGAAAAUACCAUGAAAACAGUUAAAGUUUAAUUUGUAUGUUCAUCCCUCAAUUCCCUAUUGAUUAAACAGGGCGUCCAAGUCUCUUUACAGUUUAAAAAUCUAAUUACAAAGGCAGUUGAUCAGACAUAUUGAUUGUUCUAUUGUACUCAGUGGUUAUAAAAGUUUUUAGGAGUUCCUCAAACAUUUCCAGAGCGUUGGAUUGGAGGGAUGAAGCACAUGUCACAACUCUGGAUUUGUUUCUAUGGAGCUGUUCUAAAAAUAUCAUGUUUUGAACAAAGAUACGGGACAUUGCUGAACUAAAGCCAAAGAUACGGAUGAGACUAAACCAGAGAUGAGGCUCAGCUAAAGCGAAAUAUGGCAAGAAAUCCAGAAAUCCAUCUUGAUGUACUUAAUGUGACUAAUGGAGCCCAAAUAGAUGUGGAUUAAAUGAGGUCAAACACUUUGGAAACCACUGAGUACAGCAGAAAAAGUCUGAUUAAUAUGUAUGAUGAACUGCCUUUGUAAGAUGUUUUUUCAUUGCAGAGAUUUUAUGAACACCUUUUAUUAUUUUGCAAUGAACCUGAUCAUUUCCAUCAGUGACUAAACGCAAGAACUGGCUUUUAUUACAGCAAAAAAACACAACAAAAAACUGCAUUUUAACGUGAUCUUUCACUGCCUACAUCUGUAUUAAACAUUAUUGUUCUAUAGCACGUCACGAUGUCGUUUAAAACCCAGCGAUUCAAAAACACUCGGCUCAUUUUGAAGUGCCUUUGCAAAGAAUCUGAGACACUUAUCGUCAAAACCUUUGCCGUGUUUAUAAUUAGACCUCGGUGAAGGAACUGAAAUGGAAAAUAAUACUCAUCCCAGAACUUACAGGUAGAAGGUACCUGUUCCUCUUCACCUGAAACUACCAGAACCUUAAUCAGGAAUUAAAACUACUGCGGUUUGUGAGCUGCUUUGACUGAGGAAGAGUUGAAUCUUUGCUCUCAGAACUAGGCACCACUUCCCAACAAUCUGUGUUUAUCUUGUGCUGUUGUGAGCGCAUUAGUAUUAGGGCUCCAUAGACUGUUUAUAUAAAUGGACGUAGCUAACCUGCUAGCUGCUACGUUCCAAACAGGAAGUGAGAAUCGGCGCACUUCUGGAUCCAGUUCACUUUACACUGAAAAACUGUCUCCUCUCUCUGUACCUGCUGCUGUCAGACUCCUCGUUUUUAGCUGUGACGGGCAAAUCAGGCGCCAUCUUUCCCCCAACGUCACUCUCGCUAGUGUUAGCAACAAGUUAAACCGUGCUAAACAAGCGUUGCGACCUGGAAUUGGCAUUACCUUCAACAUCCUUGCUCUGGAUUGGCUCUUUGGUUGCUACGAUACUCGUCGUCUGAAUUUGAAAUAUGCAACUCUGCUCCAAAUUACUAUAACCGCUAGCCUCGAUUAGCUUCAUUUGGAGCGAACGCUGUGGGUGAUGUCGCACUCACUUCGUCCAUUUCUUUACAGUCUAUGGAUAAGCCCGAAACGCUUUGUAAAACUGCAUUUUAUCUUUUGAUUUAUUUAAUUUUGUUUAUAUUCUUGUUCUCGACGGAUUUGAUUGUAAACCGUAGUUUGCUUAGCUCAUUUUUUUUAUUGUUCCAUUGAUUUUUCAAGUUUAAGUUUUGUAUUUUUUCACCAAGUUUAAAUUAAAAAGAAUUUUGGUCAA